CUAUCCACGGAUUACCACGAUGUGUGAACUACUACAUCAUGCAACUCACGACUCCGUCUAUCCCACCACACAUGAACUAAGUCUUCAAGCUACACCAGUGGCUCUGUGUCCAGGAAUUCACUGGUGAACGCGAACUUUAUGUGCUUGUUUGUACUCACUUUCCCACACCACGCUGAGAACAUUCUUUAGCAUCUUAUCAAUAUGGCAACACGGCCACUCGCCUUCAACGACUUCAUGCGCCGUUGUUUCAGGCCAUGCAGCGAGCGCGAUCCAUCCGAUAAAGCUCACUGUCCGAUAUGUACUGAGGAGUACGAUCGUGGUAUUCAUCAGGCGAUCCGCAUCGUAGUGCAGCCGCCAGCUCAGUGCAACCACGAGUUCUGUCGCCAUUGUCUCGAGAAGAUCUUCUCCCGUCGCAAAACCCAAGGAACCGCGAACCUUUGUCCGCUGUGUCGCACUAGAUGGUUUCAAGCAGAGUACCAGGACGUAUCGGCCCGCAAUCAGAGCUUGGAAAAUGAGGCAAAUGAUGCGCCUCUCACCCAAGAUUCCGCGUCUCGACCACCUGCAACAGUACCACUCCCUCAGCGUGAGCCACGGCCAUACAUCCGCAAUAGUCGACCGUCUGCGCCUGUAGCUCGACCGCAGGUGCCAUCAACAUCACACCACGGUCAGGAGCCUACGACUCCAUUCUCCGGCGGGUUUCCUUUCUCUGAGGGGUUUCCCUUCUUCGGGACGUUUCCCUUCUCCGAGGGGUCUCCCUUCGCUAAUGGGUUUCCCUUCUCCGGGACAUCUCCCUUUGGUCAGCAAGCUGCCCCAGUAACAACAGCCUCAAACACGUCACAACAGCCGAAAGGUAGGCCAACGAACAGCCGGCCUGCGCCAGGAAUAACCGAUCAGCCUCCAAGUAACAGAGGCACUAUGCGUGGAAGUGGAUCAAGUAAGAAAGUACCGUUACCUCAUCCUAGAGAAGCCGAGCUUCAACGCUGUACAUCAGCUCUGGAUGCUCGUGAGAGAGAUUUAGCACAACGUGAACUACGCGUCGAAAGGGAUCGCCAAGAACUGCAGCGGCGACAACAGGAGUUUAACGCUAUGACUGAGCAUGCGCGAGCAUAUCGGCGCAAUCGAGACGCGAAUGUGUAGCUUUUACAGGAAACUGUGAGGCUCAACAUAGAAAAGUGGCUGCAGGAUUGUGUUGCGAAGAUUGGUUGAGAGAGGUUGGGCGUGGAACAGCGUGAACGAGAACGGGGACAUGUGCAGAAGAGUCAGAGAGGGAUCCAGUCGCGUGAACUAGUUGU